UCGUCUAUUUCCUCCACGUUUUGACUGUUGCCCUUCAUGCUUGUCAACUGGAACAAUGGUUCCUGUUCCUACUGAAAAUCAAUGUAUAGUUGUCACUAUUAAAGGUAGAUUUGAUUUGGAUAAAGCAGAAUUUCAUUGUUUUGCUUGUCAGCAUGUCUUUUCCCCAUGGAAACUGGAAAGUGUAAUAAAACUUGGGUUUUGGCAAGGAACUCCCAGUAAUAUUAUUCACAUAUAUGACAUGGAGUUGCUAUUGCAAUGGGACUUGAUGCAGAAACGAAUGCCAGGGGUAUCAGAAAGGUCGUUUUUAAAAUCAGCGGAGGAUUAUUCACAUGAGAAGGGAAGAGUUGGGCAGAUAAAUCCAUCAACAUUUGGGAGUUCGUUUAGAGAGUGGAAGUAUUGCAGGUAUGAGUUGGAUCAGUAUAUGGGAAAAAACUUCUUGGAGUGUCCUUCAUGUAACCCAAGUCAACAUUCUGCUCAUGUUGAUGGUAAUAUGAAGCUUUAUCGUUUCAAGUCAGCUGGAAUAUCUAACAAACAACCAUCUUAUCAUCAAAUCCGCACAAAUCAACCAACCAUGCACCUACGACAGCUGUAA